UUGACGUCAAUAUGAAUACACGUACCUCUGAAGAAAUUAAAUAUGCACCAGUUAGUAGAAAUGGCUUCCAAGAAAUAAAUUAUAUACAUGAGAGGAAGUCUGAUACAUUAUAUGUGUAUUUUACUAUCAUUACAAUAGUUCUAACAUGGAUAGGAGGAGUAGCUACAUCCGUUUGGUCAUCUCCUGCUAUUAUGAAAAUGAAAUCAAACGAUACCAAUAUUAAUCCCCUUGGGAGACCCAUAACAACGGAAGAAAUUUCUAUGCUGCUUGGAAUACCAGGAAUAAUAGCGCUUACUGGUUUUAUUUUUUUCCCCAAAUUGGCGGACUGCAUUGGAAGAAAAAAGAGCUUACUAGUUGCAGCAUUAUUAAUGUUUUUAAGCAUAGUUGCAACAUCUUUCACUAAGGAUAUUACUUCACUAAUAGUUUUUAUAACAUUUAUAAACAUUUUCUUUUUUGGGAUUUUGGCUAUAGUUCCCGUGUACAUAACAGAAAUAUGCGAAAGUCAUAAUAGAGCUAAAUUUAGCUGCAUCAUGACACUUUGUAUUCCUCUUGGCCAACUUUAUGUGUAUAUUAUCGGACCUAUAUUCAGUUUUAGAACUUUUACUUUACUGACUGCUGCUCCGUUGAUACCUUUUAUGGUAUUGUACUCUUUUGCAACAGAAAGCCCAGUAUUUUUACUUUCAAAGGGUAGGAGAGAAGAAUGCUUAAAUGCUCUGACCAAAUUAAGGGGUAAUAAAUCUGAAAAGGAGUUAGAGCUAGAUUUAAUUCAAAUGAGAGAAAGUUUGUCGUCGUCUAAACAAUGUAAAAGUGUCAGAACAUUAUCCUUAUUGAGGACUAAACGGACCAGAGUAGGAAUAAUGUUAGGAUUUUUACCUAUCACUGUACAAUAUUUUUGUGGGGCCGCGGUAUUUAUGCCAUUAAUGGCCCCGAUUCUUGACGAAUCUGGUUCAAAUCUAUCUGGAAAUACGUUAGCGAUGAUUGUAGGAGCAGUCAAAGUAACAAGCUUCGGAUUUACUUCUAUCAUAGUAGAAAGAGUGGGAAAGAAGAAAUUGUUGGUUAUAUCAUCUGCAGCAACAGCGAUACCAAUAACACUCUUAGGUGUCUUCUUUUAUUUAAAAAGUAUUGGUUCGCCAUUAGUUCUGCAAAAUCGGUGGGUACCUCUUGUAUCUGUUGUAGCCUUUUUCAUAUUUUAUUCCAUUGGGCUUGGUUCAAUUCCUCUUGGUCUUAUUGGAGAGUUAUUUACCCUUGAUUGUAGAGCUACUGCCACAGGUUUAAUUAUGACUAUAGUGAACUUACUGUGCAUUAUUUACACUGCAUCAUAUCCCUUGUUAGCCGAAGCUAUUGGAAGUCACAGUUGUAUGUGGAUCUUUGGAUUUACUUGUUGCUUAGGAGCAAUUUUGAUUAAGUUUGUUUAUCCAGAAACAACUGGCAAAAGUAUUACAGAGAUUCAACAGAUUUUAAUUAGAUAUUAGUAAGACAAUAAGAUAUUAUACAGGGUGUCCAGAAACUCUACCGACAAACGAAGACAGGAGAUUUCUCAGAUAAUUUUAAGACAAUUUAACCAAACUCACCUAGUCUGAAAAUGCUUCUUAAGGGAGCUAGAGCUCUUUGAAAAUGGCGUCAUGAAAUUAGUUUUUCUUAAAUACCUCCAGAACGCUUCUAUUUAGAAAAACGAAAAUUGGUAUGCAUAUUUACUUUUCAGAGAUGAAUCGAUUUCAUCCAUUUCAAAUUUCUAGUACCGGUCAUAGGCGUGAGUUUUGGGUAGAGCAACGGGUAUUUUAUCGCAUAACUUCUUUGUCCUUAACUUUUAUUCAUUUUUGACACCGAAUUAUUAAAUUGUGAGAUAUUCUAGUACUAAAAGGUACUCUUGAUUUAAGUCGGUAGGACACACCGUUUUCUAGAAAAAUCGAUUUGAAAGUUUCUCGUUUUUGGAAUUUGAAAAAAAAAUUUAAAGAACUUUUCAACAAAAACGAAGUAUUUUACCAACAUAAAGUAAGAGUAACUUUAAGUACUCGAAUGCCUCAUAAUUUAAUAAUCUAAUGUCAAAAAUGCUCAAAAAUUCAAGACAAAAAAGUUAUGCUAUAAAAUAACUGUUGACCUACCCAAAACGGACGCUUAUGACCAGUACUAGAAAUUCGCAAUUAAUGAAAUAGAUUUAUCUCUGGAAUAUAAAUAAAUGCACCAGUUUUCGUCUUCCUAAACAGUUUUUUUUUUUGAAUUUUUUUUUAAUUCAAAAAGCGUAAAGUUUUCAAAUCGAUUUUUCUAGAAAACGGUGUGUCCUACCGAUUUAAAACAAGAGUACCUUUUACUACUAAAAUACAUCCCAAUUUAAUAAUCCAGUAUCAGAAAUGCAUAAAAGUUAAAGAUAAAAAAGUUAUGCCCUACCCAAAUCGGACGCCUAUGAUCGGUACUAGAAAUUUGCAAUGGAUGGAUUAGAUUUAUAUUUUGAAGAUAAAUACGCGUACCAACUUUUGUUUUCUAAAUAGAAGCGUUCUGGAGGUAUUUAAGAAAAACUAAUUACAAGACGCCAUGUUCAAAGAGCUCUAGCUCCCUUAGGAAGCAUUUUCGGACCAAGUGAAUUGGGUUAAAUUAUCUUAAAAUUGUCUGAAGAAUCUCCUGUGUUCGUUUGUCGGUAGAGUUUCUGGACACCCUGUAUAUACACAUAAAACAAUCAAACCAUUCUAAUCUCUAGUCAUUUGAUAUUUCUCUAACUGAUUGUUGCCUUCAUCAGAAGUGCACUGCAAUUUUUGAAUUAACUAAAUAAGCAACUUAAGAGUAAAAUUACAUAAAUAUGUACGUACAGAAGUGGAACUGUUCGCAAAGAAAUAUAUGAAAAACAUUAACAUUACAUCUUUUACAACUAGAUUAUCAAUUUUUUAAAUAGGUCACUCGGGGGAACCAUAGGGUUCAAAGCAAAAUUUUGUACAAAAUCAGUAUUUGUAAAGGAUUCUAUUUAAUAAAAAAUUCUGCAUCGAAUAUUAUUUGACAUACGUUGAAUUGUUUCUAGAUGAAGGUGUAAUCAAUAAUGAAAUAUGGUUUAAAGUAAGUGAAAUAUUUUCAGGUUGAGUCCAUAAGGUUCCAAGCGACAAAUACGUCAGAAAUAAACUAAAGAGUUUGUUGAUUCGUCAUGUAUCUAAUAACAGAAAAGAUAAGUUUAAUCAGGCACAUUUUUCCAUACUGUAUAAGUAUUUAUUUUUUCAUUUCAAGUUCUGGUUUUUAAAACUUAAUUUAGGAAAAUAUGUUUUUGAUUUUUGUUAUGAUUUUGGAUUUAAC